AUGUCAACCAACUACCCAAACACAUCAUCAUACACAUCAUCCCGAGAGGCUUGUGUUCGCUCAUCGUCAUUACAUCAAGAAAUGACCUUGUUACAAAAUACAACAACAACCAACUUGGUAGCACUUCCGCAAGAACUUGUUGAAAUUAUUUUCGAAUUCUUGGAUGAUCAUUCUCGAAUGCAAUCGGAAUGGGUGUGUUCAAAAUUUCAUGAGGCAUGUAAUCAAGUCGAACGAAGAGAGUUGAGAGAAUGGUGGAAAAUUGUCAAUAUGUUUUUAAAAGCACCACUGGUAGAAGCACCUGCAUUUACCAAUGAUGAUGAAUUUCAAGAAUAUUUUCACCAACAUCCAGAUUUACCAAAUUUAUCAUUUCAUGUCAAAGAAUUUCUAAAAUUUAAUAAUGGAACAUGUAUGAAUAACAGAAAACAAAAGCGUAGUUUUGGAGCCUUGCUUCAUCCCAGUCGUGUCUUGGUACCAUUCUCUAAUUGGAAGCGAACAUUUUUUGAAAAAACAAAACGUGAAUGUUGGGUUGUUGGAAUGACCUAUCAUGAUAAAAGAGUAUUCCUUGACGGACCACUUAUCUGUGUUGAGGAUAACAGCAAGGAAUGGAUCCAUUUUAAAUAUUGGGUAAUUACACAGUGCAGCCCAGAAACGUUCAAAGACAUCAAACGAGCCGCUUCUGAUUUAAGGGUUGUUAAACUAUUGACACGUGACAGUUCCCUUCCAUUGCAUCUUUCUGAAUUCCAAUUCAUGAACAAUGCAUACUGUUUGAAUUAUUCUCCAAAAGAAGUAUUAUCGAAUGGAAAUUUUAUCACUCGACUGAUGAAACGAAAUCCUGCACUUUUUAAAUAUGUGAACAGACAUUUCAACCAGGAUCGAGAAAUUGCAAAAAUUGUUCUCGAACAAUAUCCAAAUUAUUUUACAUUGUUAUCACCUGAAUUAAGAGAUGAUGAAAAAGCAGUCAAAUUGGCAGUCUCCAAAUCAGGACAACUAUUAAGAUUUGCCUCAACACGAUUACAAGAUCACCAACAGGUCGUCAUGACUGCUCUUCAACAAGAUGGUAAUUCACUUGCAUUUUGUAGCGAUACUUUACGAUCCGAUCGAUCACUGGUGUUGACAGCUGUCAAAAAUACUGGACAAGCAUUAACAGCUGCAGAUCCAAAAUUUCGUCAAGAUUAUGAAAUUGUGUUCGAAGCAGUUCGAAAUUUUCCACACGCCCUCGCAAACGUUUCUCCUUUGAUUUUACAAAAUCAUCGAGAAAUUGCAACAUUGGCAGUUUCACAAGAUCCAACAGCAUUUGCAUGUCUCACAGUCACAUGUUCUACAAAUCAGGAAUUAUAUCAAUCCUUCAAACAGGACAAGGAAUUGGUAAUGCUCUCAAAAAAUUUACAGAAUGCCAGUAUAGAAUUGCAAGAUGAUCAAGAGUUUGUCAUGAAAAUGAUUGAAAUUGACCCGUUUUCUUAUGAACAUGCUUCAGAUCGAUUAAAACGAGAUCGACAAGUGGCAUUAAAAGCAGUCUCAUUGAAUGGAAGUGUCUUGGAAUUUGUACCAAAAGAGUUACGAAGUGAAGAUCAUCCAAACAUGAAUCAUAAUUAUGAAAUUACAAAUUGGCAAAUUGUCUUGACAGCUGUCACACAGGACGGGUUUGCACUUCGAUUUGCACCCCCUACAUGGAGAAAUAAUUUUGAAAUGGUAAAGGUUGCACUGGAGAAUGAUGGACUCGCUUUGAAAUAUGCUUCGAAAGAAAUACAAGAUUGUUUGGACAUGGUCUUGAUUGCGCUCAAGCAAAAUAUUGGAGCCAUUGAUUAUGUUUCCUCUCGUUUACAAGUAUCACCAGAAGUCAUUAAUUUUACACAUUCUUGUCGUAAUGGAUAA